UCUCUCUCUCUCUCUAAAUCUCUCUCUCUCUCUCUCUCAACAUUUUCUUCCAUUGAUUCUUCUACCUUCCUUCCUUCCUCAAUCCCCAUCCGCUCCCUCAAAGCCCCACUGCAAUCUCACCGCUCUCUGUGUUUUCAAGAAACAGAGCAUCAUCAACAAUGGCGGCCAACAAGUUUGCGACCAUGUUACACAGGAAUACUAACAAGAUCACCAUGAUUCUCAUCUACGCAGUCUUGGAGUGGACUCUCAUAUGCCUGCUCCUUCUCAAUUCCCUCUUUUCCUACUUGAUCGUCAAGUUCGCCGACUAUUUCGGGCUCAAGCCGCCCUGUUUCUGGUGCUGCAGGGCGGAGAAGAAGAAAUUCCUGUGCGAAUCCCAUUCCAGAGAGGUUUCCAGAUUGGGGUUCUGCGAGACCCACUGUAGAUUGGUUGAAUCUAAGGCCAUGUGUGGGGACUGCUCUGAAUCUAUGGAGGAUUUUCAUGGCUUCUCCCACGGUUUCAGGCUGCUUCCAUGGAUGAAAGAAGUGGGGAAUGGGGAAAAGUGUUCUUGCUGUGGUGUGGGUUUGGAAGGCACCACUUUUGGGUCUCCUUAUAUUGUCAUCAAAUCUUCAUGGGAUCAGUUGAUCAAAGGGGCAGAGGUUGAGGUUGAGGCAGAUCAUGGGGAGAAGGGUGAGAAUUCUGAGGAAAAAUGGUCGGAUUUUGAGGUUUCCAGGUUUGGGAAUGAGAAUUUUGAUGAGAAAGAAGAGAAAGAAGAAGAUUUGGUUCUUGAAAAUGCAGUUUUGGAGGAUAAUUCAGAGAGGGUAAUGAAAGAUCAGGGAAUUCAAGUUGAUUUGUCACUGGAAACUCUCCCUAAACAUCUUGAAUUCUUCAUAGAUUGCAGUGGGAAUGGGCUGGUUCCCAUUGAACUUAUAGAUUCCAUGGCUGAAGAAGAUCAAAGCAGACACCAAUUUGAGGAAACAAAUUUGGAUGAAAAAACUGGGGAGGAACCCAAAUUUGCAGUGCUUGAGUCUAUGGAGAUUGAAGAAGAUGAAAAUUCUUUGGUUUUUUAUGCCAAGGAUUGCUUCUCAGAAACACAAGGUUUUGCACAAUUUUCCAUAUCUGAUAAUGAAGUUCAAAUCUUGGGUUCAGAAGAACAGCAAGAUAAAGUUUCUGAAGAAUAUUCUCAAAUGCAAAUAAACGAAACCGAAGCAGAAGCAGAAGCAGACGUCUCGAUUGGGACCGAGAUUCCUGAUUUGGAUAUUGCAGAUGAUCUCCAUUGCUCCAAUGAAGACCCUUCCACUAGUUCCACAAAUUUCAUUGAACUUGAAGAUCAUGGUUGUAAACAAGAUCAAGAACAAACUAUAGAGUUAAGAGCUUUGUCUGUCGAUUUGAAUGAGAAUGCGAUGAGCUUAAACGAGCCCGAGGAAGAAAAAGUCCCCGAUACCCCGAGUUCUGUAGAUAGUCUCCACCGCUUGCAUAGGAAACUUCUACUUCUCGAGAAGAAGGAUUCUGCAAGCGAGGAGUCAUUGGAUGGGAGUGUGAUAGGUGAUUUAGACGGUUUGGAUCCCGUUUCGAGCAUCGAGCGAUUGAAAACGGCGCUGAAAUCCGAAAGGAAGGCGCUGCACGCUCUCUACACCGAGCUGGAAGAGGAGAGGAGUGCUUCUGCAGUGGCAGCUAAUCAGACGAUGGCUAUGAUAAACCGGCUUCAAGAAGAGAAGGCCUCAAUGCAGAUGGAGGCUCUUCAGUAUCAGAGGAUGAUGGACGAGCAAUCGGAGUACGACCAAGAGGCGUUGCAGCUGCUAAACGAGCUUAUGGUGAAGCGGGAGAAGGAGAGGCAAGAGCUCGAGAAAGAAUUGGAGGUGUAUAGGAAAAGGGUGUUGGAGUUCGAGGCUAAAGAGAGGGUUGCAGUGUUGAAGAGAAGCAAAGAUAACGGGAGUGCUCGGAGUGCGUUUUCCUCGGCGUCUUGUAGCAAUGGCGAGGAGGAUAGUGAUGGGUUGUCGAUCGAUCUUAAUCAAGAAGCCAAAGAUGAGAGCUUUUAUGCACAUCAAGAAUCCUCCACGCCUGCUGACGAUGUUCUUAAUUUGGAGGAUUCUUUGGCUGAUUUCGAGGGCGAGAGGAUGGCGAUUCUUGAACAGCUCAAAGUCUUGGAGGAAAAGCUAAUCACCAUGGAUUAUGAGGAUUCGAAAGGCGAGAUCAAUGGCCAUUCCAAUGGUUAUGCUAAAGAAAUGAAUGGCAAACACCAAAUCUUGAGUUCAAUGGGGAAGAGUCUUCUCCCUCUCUUCGACGAUGCCCUUAGUGACGACGAAAAUGGAGACGUUGCACCACACGAGAACGGGUUCUACUCCAAUGGUGUCGUGCACGAUUCAGACAUCACGACGGGAGAUUAUGACGAUUUGCAAAACAACAACAAGAGGGUUGCUGUCGAAGAGGAAUUGGAUUGCCUACACGAAAGGCUACAAGCCCUAGAGGCCGAUAGGGAGUUCCUAAAGCAUUGCAUUAGCUCGUUGAAGAAAGGCGAUAAGGGCAUGGACCUCCUCCAAGAGAUUCUUCAACACCUUCGUGACCUAAGAAACGUAGACCUUCGAGUGAGAAACUUAAGCGACGGUUGCCUAGUAUGACACCCUUCGACCUUCGUUCAACUAUCUCAUCAAGACGAUUAUUAUACUGGUAAAAUUCUACGCCUUUAACCGGCUAGUUUUCGUGUUAUUUAGCUGUUCUAAACCCCAUUUUUCUCAACUUUCAGACUAUAAUGGAAAGUCCAAUGAUGAAACAUUGUAACAUUCUGCAUAUACCAAAGGACAUGAAGGGAGAAUGGGGCUCCUAGAUGUGAAAAGUCCUUUUAGUCCUCUUGGCAGACAACAAACUAAGGUCUUGCCAAACUUUUGUUUUUCUCAUGCUUUUGAUGGUCAUUUGUUGUCAAAAAAAAAAAAAAAGGUUUUAAAACCCAAUUAUUAUUUUUUUCUUUGUUGGGGGUUGGGUCCAUCACCCCUCCUUUUGAGGAUAAAAGGAGAAUGAUGAAUGGUAUGUGUGUUGUAGUGUAGUGAGGGUGAAUCCACCCUGUCUCUUUUGUAUUUGUGAGAGUAAAUUAGGUCUUAGAAUUAGUCUUUUGUUUUUGUUUUUUUAAGGUUUUAAAAAUUUUGAAGGUGGGAGGGUUAGGACAAGAAAGGGGGUAAGCAACUUCCUUUUUCCUCUCCCUAUUUUCCGGUCUGGGGCGGUUACAAAGGUUAUCAGGAAAAGCCAGAGUCGAACGAACGAACUUCAGAUCUUAUCGCUCUCUCGGCUUUUUCUAUGUCACAUUUUGCAUCAUUUCAUCUUAUGAUGUCUGUUUAUUAUUACUUUUGGUACAAGGCCAAGCUGUUCAUGAGUUGUAUACUAUAGUACUACAUUGUAUCCUUUUGUAUAUAUAAAGUUGAGUGUUUUGGUUAUA